AUGGAGCACGCCAGCGCACACGAACUAGUCGAGCGUCUCCAGCAGCAAGUCCUCGACGAGUACAAGCUCACCGCGCGCAACCUCGACGACGUCGCAGCGAUCGUACAACGCCUGUCGUCUGCCCAGCCACACCUCCUCAGCGAACUCCGCCCGCUCGAGCAGAAGCUCGGCCUGAUCCUCACCCUCUUCAAAGCCUCUGUCUGGUCGCUCUUGCGACAACGAGAAGACCAGCAGCUCCAGGAGGACGAUUUGCGGCAGUGA